AUGGUUCUUGCGGAUUUGGGUCGUAAAAUAACAUCUGCACUUCGAUCUUUGAGCAAUGCAACUGUCAUCAAUGAAGAAGUUCUUAAUUCUAUGCUAAAAGAAAUAUGUGCGGCAUUACUUGAAGCAGAUGUUAACAUUAGGCUCGUCAAAGAGCUAAGAGAAAAUGUGCGUCGGGUCAUUGAUUUUGAUGAUAUGGCCGGUGGUCUAAAUAAAAGGCGAAUGAUCCAAAGUGCUGUAUUUAAAGAACUUGUAAAGUUAAUUGACCCUGGAGUGAAAGCUUAUCAGCCAAUAAAAGGACGACCAAAUAUAAUUAUGUUCGUUGGUCUACAAGGUUCAGGAAAGACAACUACUUGCACAAAACUUGCUUAUCAUUAUUUAAAGAAAAACUGGAAAGCCUGCUUAGUUUGUGCCGAUACCUUUCGUGCUGGCGCAUACGAUCAGAUAAAGCAAAACGCAACGAAAGCAAGAAUUCCGUUUUAUGGAAGCUAUACAGAGGUGGACCCAGUCACAAUAGCACAGGAUGGUGUAGAAAUGUUUAAAAAAGAAGGUUACGAAAUCAUUAUUGUUGAUACCAGCGGUAGACACAAGCAAGAAGAAUCCCUGUUCGAGGAGAUGCUUCAAGUUGCAAAUGCAAUUCAACCAGACAAUAUAAUUUUCGUAAUGGACGCAACAAUAGGUCAGGCUUGUGAAGCUCAAGCAAAAGCUUUUAAGGAACGUGUUAAUGUUGGUUCUAUCAUUAUCACAAAACUUGAUGGACACGCGAAAGGUGGAGGUGCUCUUUCAGCGGUUGCUGCAACACAAAGUCCAGUAAUCUUUGUAGGUACUGGAGAACACAUAGAUGAUUUAGAACCCUUUAAAACAAAACCGUUUAUUAGUAAAUUAUUGGGUAUGGGUGACAUUGAAGGGCUUAUAGACAAAGUAAAUGAAUUAAAUCUUGAUGAUAAUGAAGAACUACUUGAAAAAAUCAAACAUGGUCAAUUCACCUUGAGGGACAUGUAUGAACAAUUUCAGAAUAUUAUGAAAAUGGGGCCGUUUUCUCAAUUAAUGGGUAUGAUUCCUGGCUUCAGUCAAGAUUUCAUGUCGAAAGGUACAGAACAGGAGUCUAUGGCAAGAUUAAAACGUUUAAUGACCAUCAUGGACAGCAUGAAUGAUGCAGAAUUGGACAACAGGGAUGGUGCAAAAUUGUUCAGUAAACAACCGGGUAGAAUAGUAAGAGUAGCUCAAGGCUCCGGAAUGACUGAAAAGGAAGUCAAAGAUUUAAUUACACAAUACACAAAAUUUGCAGCAGUUGUAAAGAAAAUGGGAGGUAUUAAAGGAUUAUUUAAAGCAGGAGAUAUGACUAAAAGUAUCAAUUCUACACAAAUGGCAAAAUUAAAUCAUCAAAUGGCAAAAAUGAUGGAUCCUAGGGUUUUACAACAAAUGGGUGGCAUGUCAGGAUUACAAAAUAUCAUAAAACAACUUCAACAGACUGCAGUUGGAGGACUUGGAAAUUUAACAGGUGGUUUUGGUGGAAAAUCAUAGAAAAAAAUUGUCAGGCAGCACACUGACUGUCUUUCAUAUAAUUCCUUGUACAACAUCAUUUAGUAA